UCAAUAUACCAACAGGUUAAAAAAAGUAAAAAUGUUUAAAUUAGUCAAAAAGGAUAUCGCGAACGACCAAACACUUCCAAUAGACGACGAAAAUAACGGGCAGCAGAGAAAAUCUCAAAUUUCUGCGGGAAAACGAACUUUUUUAACAUUGCAAGUGUUUGUCUUUGUUUCCGGGGUGCUUAUGUGUUCACAAAAUGCAUUGUCAAUUUAUACAAAAAGUGUUUUGACGUCGAUCGAAAGAAGAUUCCAGAUAUCAAGUUCUUUGGCAGGAUUGAUCGUUGGAUCUUUCAACUUUGGGAAUAUGCUAUUUGUUGUAUUGGUGAGCAAACUAAGCAGCAAUGGACAUCGACCUCGCAUAAUGGCUGGAGGUUCAAUGGUAAUAGCUUUAGGAGGAUUCGUGAACGUCAUUCCUCAUAUAGUCAGCCCAGACUACGAUCCUACUUUGAUUUCAGACAAAGAAAUGCUUUUUAAUUCAACAAUUCUUCUUGAUUCUACUGAAACCAGCGUCGCCCCAUCAUGUUCAAGUUCUAAUAUUUACGUGCUGCUUGUACUCGGUGAAAUGCUGCAGGGGAUCGGCGCAACCGUUCUGGUACCUCUUGGUUCAUCAUUUAUUGACGAUUUUGCGAAAUCUGGAAAAUCGCCCCUUUAUUUAGGUAUCAUGUUCCUUUUACAAAAUCUUGGUCCUGGAGUUGGUUACUUGGUUGGAUCAUUGACUACAAUGUUGUACGUAGAUUUUGAUCGAGUGGAUACAAGCGAAAUCAAAAUCACAAUGAAUGAUGGAUCGUGGGUCGGAGCUUGGUGGUUGGGAUAUAUCAUCAUUGGAUUGUGUGUCAUCUUGACUGCGAUUCCACUAUUUUGGUUUCCGCGCAAGAUGGAGAAAUCGGACAUUGUGGGAAAGAAGUCAAUACGUGAAAUAAAAAAUGGGAACAAUAAAAUGGAUUUUGGUAUCGAUGAAGAUGACGUCAUCCCAUUGGAUGGAACGUUGCUCAGAAAGCACAGCAAUGUGAAAAAAACAAGCGAAUGUCUUUUUGCAGAAAAACGAGCUUUAACUAGAACGGAGAAAGUGAUGGAAAUCUUUUCUGAUUUAUACACAACUGUAAAAAGAUUGAUGACAAAUCCAGUUUAUCUUCUAGUUGUAAUGGGAUACGCCGGUUUAAUGUUUGUUGUCGGGGCACUUACUGCUUUCAUGCCGAAAUUUCUUGAAAUCGUUUUUUAUCAAAGCAAGUCGCAAGCCAGUAUGAUAUUUGGUCUGUCCAUGCCAUUAGUCAUUUGCAUUGGUUUAUUUUCCGGUGGCUUCAUAGUUCAAAGGUCAAAACUUGGUGCAAAAGGAACUCUACGUUUCAUCGUGUGUGCUGCGGGUGCUACAAUAUUUUUGAUAAUUCCAACAUAUUAUAUCAAUUGCGAUCCACAGGAAUCAUUACAUUGUUCGAACAUAUCUGUAAGUGAUCAAAUCAACCUAACACACUGUAAAGACGAACGAGGAGAGAUUUGCAGACCUAAAUGCUAUGCAUUUGUCGGAAUGAUGUGUUUAGCAGCUCUGCUGUGUUGCCAUAUUGUUACACCGUCUUACUCUGUAAUUCUAAGAACUGUGAAACCCAAAGAUAAAUGCACAGCCAUUGGACUAAAAUUUUUAAUAAUUCGUCUUUUAGCUUUUAUACCGUCACCGAUGAUAACCGGUGCGGUGAUUGACGAUACCUGCACACAGUGGAGUGCUCCACCCGGAUGUAUUGGAACAGCAACUUGUCUAGAACAUGACAGAGAGUCUUUUAGAUUCUCCUAUCUUCAUAUAAUUGUGCUCGGUGUAACAGCUACUUGUAUAUUUAAUACGGCUGGUUGUAUAGUGCAGCAUAGAACACAAACACGUACUAGCAAACCAGUUCAAAACGAAGACAAUGUUUAAUAUUUGAUUAUUUGUUUAAGUCUUGCUAAUAAUUUAUUAUUUUCAUUGUUUCACUGCAUGAUAAAUUUUCUCUUGAUUUGUUCAUAAACGUUAGUAGAAAAUUUAUUUGAAACCAGACUUAAUGAGGUAAUUACACAGUCACUUCUAACGAUGUUCUGAACUCACUCACCUCCAAGUUUGUGCAUUAUAGGGAUUUACGGAUAGCCUUAUUCCACCCCCGAAGAUAGAAUAGGAUGAAUAUACGCUUGCCUCUAUCGUAAAAAUCUGUCUAUUUCCAAGGCAGAUACCUGACGUGUCAAUUUAGUGUUUAUUAUGCCUAAUAUUUCCCAAUAUUUACGCUAUAUUUAGGAUUUUGAAUAUAUCAGGAGCUGAUAACAAUGUAACUGUAAAACUUCCGAUUCAAAACGAUUGGAUUAGAACGACUUAUUAGCGUCACCACCUAGUGUCCUCAGCAGUUACUGAUAUCAAUCUGUAUUUAUUUAUUUGUCCAGCAUUUACUCCAAGUGUUACUCAUUACAAAUAUUUGACUCCAAUGACCGCCUGUUCGUCCCGAAAUUUUUUUUUCUUCCAAAUUGAUUUUUAAAGCCAUAAAAUCAUAAUCAUUUUAAACAAUAAUAGAAAUACUUUCAGUUCGUUGCUAAACUUUUCAAUUGCAAUGUACCAUUUAUUAGUCAUUAUGAAUUGUUCAUAUGUAGCGUAUUAAACUAUAUCUGUAAUAUAUUGAAAUGAAUUCAAAUCUAGACUAAGAGUGAAAACAAAAACAUUAUUUGCUUUAAGCUCUGCUUAUGCCUAAUUUCUUCAUUUGUCUUGUAACUCGGAAUUAAUUUGUUUUUCAGUAUAGUGUCUAAUAGUGCACAAUGUUUUUUUUUUGUUUGUUGUUUUCUGUGAUUUUAUUCAGCAUACUCUUUUGAGUGCACAAAAAACUUAAAUUGGCCAUAGACUAAAUGGGGCAUACGUUUAUUGCUUUGGCUCAUUGCCCUACUCUUUGCAUGACAACUCAUACUCAUAGAUUCAAUUAUUUUGAAUGCUUUACCAAAAAUAACGCAGAUUAACUUUUGUUGCUAAAUUGAGCAAUUUAAAAUUACCAGUACUGAAUGUGGCUUGAUACAUUUUAAAAGGUAUUUCUAUUGAAGUUCAAAAGAAAAAAAAUACUACAUAGCACCUCUUGCAUAUACAUAGCAUAGAUUUUGCAUAAUCGAAAUCUGUUCUUCUCUCAAACAAGUUUUUUUUCGCACAUAUUUACACUGUUUUGUCUACUUUUUACUGACAGAAUAAAAAAUUUGUUUCAAUGCUAA